UUGUUUGCAGGUGCGGUGCAGAGGAGCUACACCUAUCGCCCGGCCGCCCGCCCAGCGCUGGGCCGCGCCGCGCCGCCAGCCGCAGCCUGGCCGCCUUCUGGAACGUGGGCGGUGGCGGCGGCUGCAUCACAAAGGCGUCCACGCCAGAGCGACCCCGGGCUGCCAGCGGGCCCGGCGCUGGAGAGGCCGCGGGGAGUCGGGAGUGGGCUGCAGCCGCCAUGGUCUCCGUCGGGACCAACACGGACCUCAAAGGGCUUGUUCACUGCCAUUUGCCAAAGUUAUCACGCAAACAUGGGAUGAUUCCAACGCAUUACGUGAUGCCCUGGAAAGAAGACAUGAAGAACAGGAAAUUCACUUUAAAGCAUGCAGAGGUUGUUGGGAUAUAUACUGGUGCCACAGAAGAUAGUCUGUUUUUGGAGCACAGAGAAAGACUUUGCCAUGGAGAAGAAAGAAAACACAUACGGGAGAAGAUUCCUCAGGAAAUAAUGAUUGCAGAUAUUCCCAUAUAUUCUCAUCUCUCCAGAUACCAGAAGUCUGUGAUUGCUCACGCAUGGAGGAUGAAACUCUGACCUGCUUUUUCUCUCAAUACAGUCAUGUUUGAACUGUAUAGGCUAUGAAGUUUAAAUCUGCUGCAAGAAAAAACAGUGUGGUGCUUUUUUUUCCUCUUUAAAAUAGAAUUAACAUGUUUUUAAAGUUGAUUAGAUGUUCUAUUUAAAUGAAAAAAAAAAUUCUGUCUGCAAUUUGACCUGCAUAUUUUUGAUUAGGCAAGAGAGAAUGUCAAAAGUUUCAGACUUCCCAGUUUGAUUUAGAUAAGCAGCAUACAGACAUUUGGAUACUUAUAUGAAGUUUAUACAAACCUUUGGACUCUACUUAGCUUUCCACCACCAUCUCCAAGAGACUGGCUUCAACCCCACUCCUUAUCCUCUAUUGUUUUCUUGGAGAGAGUCCCACUGGCUGU